AUGUCGGGCCAUCGUCAUGAUGCCAUGCAAGCGAAUCAGAACUUGGGAAAUUCGCUGGGCGCUCGUUCCGCAGUGCGUCAAACCAAGUUCUUCCGCAUGUACGAGAGUGGAAAUACCAUGAAGGCCCUGCUUGGCACCCCCAAUCUGGCGUGGGAUACUAACAAGAAGCAGGGCGCCUACCACGGCCACCCGAUCGAAGAUCCCUACACCGGCGCCCCCGUCCGGCACAGCACCGGCGGCCUUGGGCGUACCGAGAAGACAGCACCGAAGGUGACGGCGACGAAGGUAGUCAAGGGGAAGGAUGGCAUGGUGUCCAAGGAGGUCCCAGCCGGAAGAUCGAGAUCAGAGAAGAAGCAGAGCCAUGGUGAGGAAAACAUUUGGCAGACCUCGUCGGCGGCCUACGGGAACUUCUGA